AUGAUUCCUAGUAGAAUACUAUUCUCAAAGCUUGGGAAGACUUUACCCCUUGAGGAAUUCUUAUUCCAGAAACAACUUAAGUCAAUUUAUAAAGUGGUUUGUCGAGAAAUUUAUAAGAGUCAUGAAAAGAAUGAUUUAAUGGAAUUUAUGAGAUCAGAGUUCAAGUUAACUGGUAAUCAUGAUUUGACCUAUAGGAAGUAUUUAUUGAAUCAAGGUAUGGGGAGAAUCAACGAUAUGGCCAAUGUUAUGGGAAUGAACAUUAGAUUGUAG